CCUCCCUCCCUCUCUCCUCACAGGGCCCCCUGGAGCCGCAAAAUGGCGGACACAAUGAAUAGCCUCCGCCGCUGCUGCAACUGCCGCCGCCGCCUCCUCCUGCCGCCCGCAGCUUGACUCGAGCCCGCCUGAGGGCGCCGUCGACCAGCUUCUCCAACCGACCAGCGUCCCUUCCCCGCGGCUUCCUCCUCUCCCUCCGCCGCGAGGCAGGCGCUUCCCGCUUUCCCCACGCCCUCUUCGGCGUGCAGGCCCCGCCGGCUCCCUCCCUCCCUCCUCUCCCGGCGGCGGCAUGAAGCUGACGGACAACGUGCUGCGGAGCUUCCGCGUGGCCAAAGUGUUCCGCGAGAACUCGGACAAGAUCAACUGCUUCGACUUUAGCCCCAACGGCGAGACCGUUAUCUCCAGCAGUGACGACGACUCCAUCGUGCUCUACGACUGCCAGGAGGGCAAACCUAAGAGAACACUAUACAGUAAAAAGUAUGGAGUGGAUCUCAUCAGAUACACGCAUGCUGCCAACACUGUGGUUUACAGUUCCAAUAAAAUAGAUGAUACAAUCAGAUACCUUUCUCUGCAUGACAAUAAAUACAUCAGAUACUUCCCAGGACAUAACAAGAGGGUUGUUGCUCUAUCCAUGUCUCCAGUGGAUGACACUUUUAUUUCUGGGUCGCUUGAUAAGAGCAUCAGACUUUGGGAUCUUCGAUCUCCAAAUUGCCAGGUAGGCUUGAUGCAUCCUCAAGGGAAGCCUGUGUGUUCAUUUGAUCCAGAGGGGCUGAUUUUUGCAGCUGGGGUCAAUUCCGAAAUGGUGAAGCUUUAUGAUCUUCGCUCAUUUGAUAAGGGUCCAUUUGCUACCUUUAAGAUGCAGUAUGACCGAACCUGUGAGUGGACUGGUUUGAAGUUCAGCAGUGAUGGUAAACUUGUUCUUAUAUCAACCAAUGGAGGGUUCAUCCGACUCAUAGAUGCCUUUAAAGGAGCUGUUCUUCAUACAUUUGCGGGAUUUAACAACACAAAGGCUGUUACACUGGAAGCUUCAUUCACCCCAGACUCUCAGUUUAUAAUGAUUGGAUCAGAGGAUGGGAAGAUCCAUGUCUGGAAUGGAGAGACUGGAAUGAAAGUAGCAGUGCUAGAUGGGAAGCACACAGGCCCUAUUACCUGUUUACAGUUCAACCCAAGGUUUAUGACCUUUGCCAGUGCAUGCUCCAAUAUGGCCUUUUGGUUACCCACUAUAGAUGACUAAUUCCGGAUUCAUCUUUUCCAUUGGACAGUUUUCAUACUGUAUUGACAGCAACGUAUUUGUGAAGACUGUAAUAGAAGUAUUGGGAUUACAUUGCAGAGACUUGAAUGCUCCCAUGCAGCUCAUCCUAUAUAUAUUUUGGUAUGCCAGGCUCUUUGCUGCAUCC